UUUUUCUAGAUAUCAUAUUACAUACUUCUCUGUAAUUCAACUGCUUCCGUUUAAAGAGGAAAUCCUUUUUACCGACCUGGAUUGUGUCCAAGCGAGAAAAGGUGCCUUCGAAGAUUGGACACUCUAUAUUUGUCGCGUACUUAGAAUCAUUAUUCGUACCAGUACCAUCCACAGCUAUCGCCAUGGCCAUCGUCAUUGCCAUAGCCUUGACGGUAGAAAGGGUUUAUACUCCAAGCUGCGAUCCUGUAAAAUUUACAUGUUUGCAAUUAAACCAUCUGUAAAAACAUAAAAAAUUGUUUUUUUGAGUUCAUAUUAAACUCUCAGUCACCUCUUAUUUCCAUUGGAAGGUAAUUCCAUUAUUGGUUAAAUGACCGGUACUAAAAAGGGAAAAAAGGGAAAGCAUGGAAAUAAAGAAAAAGUUCCUGGAGAGUGGGCGGUGAGAACUCUUGCUUCCUCUCCUAGGAGCAUGGGCACUGCAGAAAAUGACAGUUCUCUGGAAAAGGAAUUGACUUCAGAUUCAGAGGACAAGCCACAAUUGCAGAAGGAGAUUUAUCCUGGGGAAAAAUCCACAUCACUGUUAUUGACAGAGUUUAUAGAUAGAGGUCUAGAGCAAGCAGGAGGGCUGGCAUUAAAGAGAACAUCAAGAAAUAAAGCUGUGAAUGGAGUGAGAAGUCCACGUAGCUCAUCUCUCUCAAGCAAUGAUGCCCACUCUUUUGGAUGUAAUACAGUCAAGCAGGAUCCACUAGCAAGCAACAUUUCAGGACAGUCUAGUUCUUUUUCAAGGGAAGGUAAAAAAUGCGAUAUUCCUGAAAGUUCUCUAGCAGCUUCAUCAAGGAGUGUUCCAGAGAAUGAUCAAGCUAAAGUUAUGUCUGAUAUUGAAGUUUCAGUUGAGGAUAGUUCAGAGAUUGACAAAAAUUGCAAUUCAAGUAUUUCCAAAGAAGAUGAAUGCAAGCAAAGAGAUAUAUCUUCUGUUGUAAAACAAUUGAAGAAUCUUUCUUUGGCUGAACCUGAGCUAACUGAAACACAAAUUGAGAUAAAUUAUCAAGAACAAGAAGAUGAGUUACUAGCCUUGAAAGCGAUUUAUGGGGAUGACAUAAUGGUAUUUGAUAGGGAAGAUGACAGCCCGCGUGCACUCAAGAUAUCUAUUCAUAUUGAGAUUCCUGAGAAAAUUUUAAUUACUGUAAGCCUUGCACCAUUUUCUAAUAGAUGUGAGCCUAGUGAGAGCAAUGAUGGAUCUUCCUUAAGAGAAAAUCCUUUUGUUGAAAACAAGUACACGUUUAGUGUUCAACAUCUUCCUCCCAUCGUAUUGGUGUGUGUUCUUCCUAAAUCAUACCCAUGUGAUAUGCCUCCACAAUAUGCAAUUUUGGCUUACUGGUUGGAUUCUGUUAGUAUUGCAAAGCUUUGUAAGUGCUUGGACAAUAUCUGGUUUGAAGAUUCAGGCCAAGUAGUAUUAUAUAAAUGGGCAGAGUGGCUACACAGCCUGUCUCUUUCAGAACUUGGAUUUAAUCAUGAGGUAUUAUUAGAUCCAUAUGGCAUGAAGACCAGGGUAGAUUGGAGAGCAAUUUCAGGAUGUUCCACUCCAGAUGUCGAUAUUCCUCGACUAAUGCAAUACAAUGAUGAAAAAAAUAAUGAAGUAUUCCGGAACGCUUUGCAUGUGUGUAAUAUAUGCUUCAAUCAAUAUCCAGGUACAGAGUUUGUGAAAUUACUAUGUCAACAUAUCUUUUGUUGGAAGUGCAUGGAAACGUACUCACAUGUUCAUGUCAAAGAUGGCACUGUCAAUAAGCUGAUUUGUCCAGAUCCUAAGUGUGGAGUUUCUAUUUCACCUGCUUUAUUGAAGCGCCUUCUUGGGGAUGAGGCUUUUGAAAGGUGGGAAUCCUUGCUUUUACAGAAGACAUUAGAUUCAAUGGAAGAUGUUGUAUACUGCCCUCGUUGUGAGGCAGCAUGCUUGGAGGAUGAAGACAAUCAUGCACAAUGUGCCAAAUGUUUCUAUAGUUUUUGCAGUCUCUGCCGAGACCGUCGACAUGUAGGCCAAAUUUGUAUGAGCCCAGAAAUGCGGCUUCGCAUAUUACAGGAGCGCCAAAGUUCAGGCCGGCUGCGUACUGACCAGAAGAAAAAGGAGCAGGAACUUAUAAAUGAAUUGCUUAGCAGAAGGAAGAUAUUAUCUGAUGCAAAACAAUGUCCAAGAUGCAAGAUGGCCAUAUCUAAAACAGAAGGCUGCAACAAGAUGACUUGCUCUAAUUGUGGUCAAUAUUUUUGUUAUAUGUGUAGCAAAGCAAUAAGUGGGUAUGAACAUUUCAGUGGUGGGGGCUGCAUCUUAUUUGUGCAAGAAGAAAUUCAAGCCUGGGAGAGAGCGGGUAGGGAUGACCGCCAAUAUCAACAUCUUGUGCAGGUGGAGCUUUGGCCUCAUCUUGCUCGUUCCUGUCCUAGUUGUGGUCAAAUGAAUGCAAAGCAAGGAAAUAACAAUCACAUAUUUUGCUGGUCUUGCCAAAAUCAUUUCUGUGCACUGUGUCGAAAGGUCGUAAGACGCAGCUCUGACCAUUAUGGACCAAAGGGAUGCAAACAGCAUACAGCAGAUUAAUAUGUAAUGUACUCAGAUGGAAAGACUUUAACACCUUCAAAAUGGCGUAAGAUUAUCCAAAGGAUAUGCCUCAUUUUUACAAAUGGCUUCACAAGAAUUUGCCCCUAAGCCGUUCAGCUUUCAGCUGUACAGGUCAAUGUUUCAGUAAAGAUUUAAUUGUAUUUUAUAAUUGAACAUGCACAUGAUUAUCCUCUUUGUUUUACAUUGUUCCAGUGUUUAUAUUCAUAAAUCAGCUCUUUUACAUGAUUCGUUUCCUGUUCCUUUGAAGGAGAAUAAUGAAUGUAUGGCAUUUAGUUGUGAAGAAAUAUUGAUCAAGGUAGAUUGCUUCCUAUUAUUGUUCAAGGUAGAUUGCUUCCUGUAGGUUAUAUGCUACUCGUGACUGGAGUAUAAGUGUAACGGUAUCCUUCUCAGAGAGCAGUGCUGCUGCUCCAAAUAAUACCGGAGUUUGUUUAGCAACAGAAUUGAGGCACU